AUGGCGGCCUCGGGAGAUCCGAGCGGCCCUGCGGCUCAACUGACCAUCGCUCACCCUCUGUACGAGCUGAACAUAACUGCAGUGUCUGCCAAGCUCCAUUCAUCCGGAAUCAUUUUCAAACCGGAUCCUUACGUGGAAAUCAGCGUUGACGGCGGCGCGGCUGUGAAAACGGAGCAUUGCAAGGGCACCGCCCAUCCUAAAUGGGAAGAAACAUUUCCAGUCCUCGUUUCACCAUACUCGAAGAUCUUCUUCCGAGUAUUCAAUCAUCAGAAGUUCCUUAAAGAUGACUUGCUCGGGGAAGCCACUCUGGAUCUCUAUCCAUUGCUCGAAAAGACGUCAGGAAAACUCCGUCAGUACCCUCAGCACUUCGAGCUCUCGGGAGGUUGUUACCUGAUGACAGUGUUGGAUGGGCUUCACAUCGACGUAUCAUUGUAUCCGCCACCGAACACGCCCUCGAUUCAAUCGGGUCCGACGGCGUCGUCUUCGUCGACGACAGCAAAUGGAGGAGUUCAAGCACAGAUUCGACCAAAGCGAAAAAGCAAAGCGAAUGGUAGCGCAAACAUUUCGGGAGCCGCGGGAUCCUCGAGCUCCUCGUCGGCGAAUGGCUCCGCGAUGAACGGAUCCGCUGGCGGAGUUCUGCCCGCGGUGUCUCCGCAAGCUGCGAACGGGCCUACACCGAUUCAAAUGAAGAGUGCAGCCAGUGCAGCAUCGUCGCGAGACAGUGGCGUAUUCAGUCUUCCUCCGGUGGCAUCGAUAUACCCCGUUGCGGAAGAGGGUUCUGGUCCUCCAGGUCCUCCUCCGCCUGCGGACGCACCUCCACCGGCAACACCUGGCGAUGCACCUCCUCCACCGGCCGGAGCGGCCGCGGCGUCGGGUGCCGCUUCAGCAAGCUCGAAUGGCACAAGGAACGGAAACGGUCGUGAGAGAAGAAGCCGCGCCGAAUCCAGACCUCCGCCCAUCGACGACACUCCGGAAGAGCUUCCGCUGGGUUGGGAAGUUCGUUUCGAUCAGUUCAACCGAAAGUAUUACGUCGACCAUAACACUAGAUCAACCACAUGGGAAAGACCUCAGCCGCUCCCAUCGGGCUGGGAAAUGCGCCGAGACAAUCGGGGUCGAGUCUAUUACGUGGAUCACAACACCCGAACCACCACUUGGCAAAAACCAACUCCUGAGAGCGUCCGGAAUUACCAGCACUGGCAGGCGACGCAAGCCCAAGCGAUGCAGCAGUGCCAGCAAAGAUAUCUUUACCACACUCCAGUACAAGUGGAGGAGGACGACCCUCUGGGACCAUUGCCCGAAGGCUGGGAGAAACGUAUCGAUCCCAACGGUCGCGUGUACUUUGUAAAUCAUAAAAACAAAACCACGCAAUGGGAAGAUCCGCGCACUCAAGGCAAAGAAGAUCCACUACCGCCCGGAUGGGAAAUCAAGCACACAAAGGAUGGCGUGAGAUAUUUCGUUGAUCACAACACGCGGAGUACGACAUUCAACGACCCAAGAACGGGCCCCUUCCCUGCGGGCAAGAGUCCAAAGGGCGCCUACGGAGUACCCUUAGCGUAUGAGAGAAACUUCAAAUGGAAACUAACUCAGUUCAGAUACCUCUGUCAUUGCAACUCUCUACCGAGUCACAUAAAGGUCACUGUGAGUCGCAACGGAAUUUUCGAGGAUUCGUUCAGUCAGAUCAUGAGAGUAGCCCCCCACGAAUUACGUCGACGACUCUUCAUCACGUUCAAGGGCGAGGAAGGCCUCGAUUAUGGAGGCAUCGCUCGAGAAUGGUUUUUCCUCCUGUCACACGAAGUUCUUAAUCCGAUGUACUGUCUUUUUGAGUACGCGGGCAAGAACAACUAUUCACUUCAAAUCAAUCCAGCAAGCUCAGUCAAUCCAGAUCACCUGUUGUACUUUAGAUUCAUAGGUCGAUUCAUCGCUAUGGCUCUUUUCCACGGCAAGUUCAUCUAUUCGGGUUUCACGUUGCCUUUCUACAAGAGGAUGUUGGGCAAGAAACUUACUAUGAAAGACAUCGAAAGCAUUGAUAAUGAGUUCUACAAUUCGCUCGUUUGGAUUCGGGAGAACAACAUCGAAGAUUGCCAGUUGGAGUUGUAUUUCAAUGUAGACUUUGAGAUCCUCGGUCAAAUUCAGUCUCACGAGCUCAAACCCGGUGGAGCCGACAUCCGGGUCAGCGAAGAGAAUAAAGACGAAUAUUUGCGACUGAUGACCGAUUGGCGUUUCUCGAGAGGACAAGAGGAGCAAACCAAAUCCUUCCUCGACGGUUUCAACGAGGUUCUACCGCUGGAAUGGCUCCAUUACUUCGACGAGCGCGAGCUCGAGCUGAUGCUCUGCGGAAUGCAGGAGAUCGACAUCGAUGAUUGGCAGAAGAACACCAUCUAUCGACACUAUACUCGCUCUUCAAAACAGAUAAUUUGGUUGUGGCAAUUCAUCCGGGAAAUGGACUCCGAGAAGCGUAUGCGUCUACUGCAAUUCGUGACAGGGACCUGUCGCGUACCUGUAGGAGGAUUCGCCGAGUUGAUGGGGAGCAACGGACCGCAGCGGUUCUGCGUCGAGAAAGUCGGCAAGGAGACCUGGUUGCCGCGGAGCCAUACCUGUUUCAACAGACUUGACCUGCCUCCGUAUAAGUCAUAUGAGCAACUCGUCGAAAAACUGACCUACGCCAUCGAGGAGACUGAAGGAUUUGCUCAGGAGUAGAGUUCCACAAACAAAAAACUGCAUUCGUUGACCUUUUAUGCGCUGGCGAGGCGUCCUAUUUACGUUAUAUUCUAACGAAUCGUUGCUACUUACGACAUGUAUCAUUUUCCAAAUCCAAAAUCGAACAAUUGAUGAAUCUCU